AUGGAACAAAAUUCCAAAAUUUCUUCUGAUAUAGGUGAGAUACUUCAUGAUCCAGCAAAGUAUAGACGAUUGGUGGGACGUCUGAUUUAUCUCACCAUAACAAGACCUGAUAUUACCUAUUCAGUACAUAUACUCAGUAGAUUCAUGCAUGAGCCUCGCAAGCCACACUUAGAUGCCGCCAUGAGAGUAUUGAGGUAUCUGAAAAGUACACCAGGACAAGGACUCUUCUUUCCUGCUGGAAAUGAGAUGAAGUUGACGGCAUACUGUGAUUCAGAUUGGGCGGGAUGUCCAACCACACGAAGGUCAACAAGUGGCUAUUGUGGUGUUUCUUGGAAAUUCUUUAAUCUCAUGGAGAACAAAGAGACAAAAAACAGUAUCUCUUUCUUCAGCAGAGGCUGA